AUGCGGACCACUUCGCAAGGAGAGCUUGAUAUCCAACGCCAGGUAAGAGUUUUGCUAAGUUUUCAGUGUAUGUUACUUUCAUAUUCUAGCGAAAAAUAAACCUUGAAACAGAAUUUGCUUUCGUUUGGAUAGAACAACAGCAUGAUUUCCACAACAAUAUGGCGAAAAUUUGUGAAACAGAGGUUAAUCGUUUGAUAAUGCGGGGCUGCAUUUUGAGUCCAAUCUAACUUCGAGGUAACAGAACGAUUCGAAUAAAGAUCUUAGAUGCUCAAAUUCUAGUCUCUUUAUAGCUUAAUGUUUGAAUUUAGUUCGACCAUAUUUGAUGGCGCGGUUUACUUUUAACAUUAAGUGAUACGCUUGAUAGCUUUGUCAUUUUCGUUCGUGUUGGAGACUAGAGAUCUAAAAUCCAAUGUAUGAUAAACUAGAUGCAUUUGAAUUAUGGCCUCAAUUUUAUACAAAAAAGGCUACUAAUAAUACGGUCAUCGUGAACAGACACCAUAGACUGUGAACAGUCUCUCUUUUGCUAGAAAAUCGUGAGCAAGUGCAAUAUUUGAGUAUGCGAGCGGCGAAGCCAUGCGCAACGAGUUGUGGUCCAGCAAGCACACAAAGAAUUACAACAGAAUCUGUGUGUAUGCAGUUCAGUGUGCCGUUUAAAAUUCACAGUGUAAAUAGUCCUCUCUGUGUACGGUUAUGUUUUCUACAGCGUUUUUGAUUAGAGUUGACCGGGAGGGAAUAUUCUUGGUUUGCAACCACUUGACAAGGAGGCAAUGUUGGUGAUCAAAACUGUAGAUUUUUUCUCGAAUAAUUUACGUUAAAAUGUUGUUUAGUUCCCGGAGGAGAGUUGUGUUCUUGAUCACCAACAUAUGGCCAACGUGGCGUCACGAGCAAACAAGUGAAAAGAACCUGGGUGUGUUUGUGUGUUGUUGGGGGGGGUGGGGAGAGACAGACGGCAAGGGGAAGGAGAAUGGGGGAGGGGUAAGUGCCAUACAUGCCAGGGAAAAUAAAGUGAAUAAAGUUAGUGGUUUGUUUUCUUAUUGUUUGCAUACGAUUGUAAUCUAGACCCAAACUCUCUGAUUUUUAUACCCUAUCCAAGGAGGACUAAUUAACGAUCAUUCCUCGAGCCCGAAUGGGCUCUGAGUCAAUAGCCCAUAAGGCCGAAGGCCAAAUGGGCUAUUGACUCAGAGGCCAUGAAGGCAAGAGGAAUAAUUGUUAAUUAGUCCUCCUUGGAUAGGGUAUAAAAAUCAGUGAGUUGGGAUUGUUUUAGUAAAAUCCAACUAGUUUCACAAAAAUAUCGAGAUAAAACAACUUUAGCUAGUUAAAGCUAGACUUUAAUUCUUUUUUUGUCACCAAAAAGCCGGCGCUUUUUGCUACAAGUGGGCUAUAAAAUAUAGCCUAGUAGUAGCUCAACCAAUCAGAAUGCAGCAUUGAUAAUAGACCACUAGUUGGAUUUUACUAAAAUAUAAUGUACCUUUCACAGCGGCACCUACUUAGUCCAUACUGGCAAUGUAAUCCCCCCCUCCUGGGGGGUAGUAUGAUAGCCACUAAUUCAAGUUUUAUUUCAUUUAUUCUUUGCUUUUUUUCUAAUACCAAAGAUAAUGUCAUUCUGGGAGGAAGAAGAGACACUGACGAGAAAACUACGCACGUAUUCAGUUAAAAAUGUAAAGAUCACCGAAGCAGGUACGGUUCGAACUAAAAAGUUGAUAAAGGACUGCAUUGAAAAUCAGGUCAUGAAGUACUGUCAACAGAAUUCGCCUCUUCCAAUCUUGAGGCUAGAAUACACAGGCAGCGUGUAUGAGGGACUGAAAACUGAAGCCGCAGAUGAAGCAGAUAUUAUGGUUGUGCUGAAGACAGCAAGGCAGGAAGUAGCGCCUGAAAACACAGAGAUUCCUGGUUAUGCGCGUCUUAAGGCCAGGGACAACUCUAGACUCCGUCAUUAUGCAAGUUCUGCAGGAUAUAUUUUCCCAGAGCGACUUCGAAACGGCUGGUUUAAUAGUCUUGUAGCCCGAGCAGUAAACAAUUUUAAUAACACAUCAAUUUCUGACGUCCAUUUGGGUGUGCGUUACCAUGGACCUGCAACCCAGAUCGACUUUAGAGAAAAGACAACCAACGAGAUUUUGCUGUCAACUGAUCUCGUUCCAUGUUUUCAAACUGGUCCUGAUGAUUAUUUUGUACCAAAGUCUUAUACCUUUAAAGGGUUUUCGCAUCCAGAGCUUCUCUGGAGACAGUCGUUUUCGCUAAAAGAAAAAGCAAUACUGCAGCACAUGGAUUUCGAUCAAGGAUGCAGGCACGAACUUCUCAGAGUUGUGAAAACCAUCGUCAACAAGGAGGAAAGGUCUUCCCUUAGACCUUUGGGAUCAUACCAUUUAAAAACUGCGUUCAUGCACUACAUAAAAGAGAAUCCGGUCAACUGGGAUAACAACUCUCUGGGAAGACACUUUUAUGGCUUUCUCCAACGUUUGAAAAUUUCUCUCGCAGUGAAAAAUCUCCCUCACUACUGGUUACCUAGAGUAAACCUCCUGGAAGAGGAUUUCAGUCCUGUCGUUAUUCACCAGAUGGAAAAUCGUUUGGAAAAUAUUCUAACUAGCAAGGCCAAAUUAAAUCAAAUUCUUGGCUGCAAAAUGCCGCAAACCGAAACGCAAAUACAAAAAAGGAGGAACCCAAAUAUUUUGAACGAGCCCUCGCCGCCAGCUCACUUUUCUGGCAGAUCUCGUUUUGAUGUGCCUCGGGACUCAUAUUCCCGCAGAAAUCCCCAGCAAUGGACAAGCGUUUCUCGCACUGAUAGGUCGCAAAAUGCAGAAAGUAAAACUCAGAAUCAGUUUUCAUUUAUUGCGUUGGGGUUAAUGGUUAUAAAAAUCAUAUUUGAAAUUAUAAUUAUAAACCCAGUAGAGUUACUAUUACUUGCGCUAAAGUUAAUCAAGAAAGCCAUUAUGAUAAUGUUAGAAGCAUUAGUGGUAGCGUUACAGCUGUUUGUAGAAAUUGUGUGUUACAUGUUGUGUUUUUAUCAGUUGUCAUUAUCUGGCAAGAAUGAAAGUCUCGCUCUAAGUGGUGUAGAGCUAAAGGACAGUCCUGUUAAUCAAACAGAUUCGAUUUGA